AUGAUCGAGACGUGGGAAGACCGGGAGAGAAAACAUGCUCUUGUCAAUCAGAUCCGAGCUGCAUGCCUCGCACAACAGCAGCAGGCCUCAGUUCACAAGGGCAAACCGCGAUCCGAAGCCCCGUUUCUUAGUCGAAUCGACAUACAUCACGAAAUUGAGAGCGUCCGCGACCGAGCAGCGGCUCAGCAGAUCGGCCAGAAGGGGGACUUACAAGUCCUCGUAGUGGACAGGCCGUACCCAGCAUGCGGCAAGUCGUUAGUUGAAUUGGACUGCUGGCUUCAGAUCAAAGAUCUACUUCUGGAAACACGCCACGUCGACAAGGUACUCGUGGUCCGCCGCUUUGGCCCAGUUGCAACGUCCCCUGUUGGAGGCACGUACGGAGUCGAAGAUGAGACAGGCACGUGCGAGCUCCUUCUCGUAGACGCAUUCAGCUUUGCUGGAGACCAGGUCAUUCCUGUUGAUGCCGUCGUCGCGAUCAAAGAGCCCUACUGCAAGGUAGAUGGUAGUGGAAAGCCACGAAUCAAGUUAUCGCAUCCUACAGAUCUCAUGAUAUUGCCGCCGGACCACAGCAAGAUCCCGUUCAAAUGGCGCAUGGAUGGGCCCGUUGUUUCCAACAGUACCGAUCCAUUGGGGUCCAGCUCCACUAACGCCAACUGCUGCUCCGAAUCUCUGAAUGAUAUCAGCGCGACAAAGGUCAAUGACAUGGAAAGAGCUGGUCGUGGACUUUUUGCCCAAAAAGCUUUCAAAUUCGGCGACAAGAUCAUGUCUGAGGAGGCGACGUUCUUCUUAUCACCAAAUGAAGACUGCGCCUUUCGCGCGCUGAAGUAUGACCUCUCCAAGAACAUGAUGACGGAGGACAUAGGGGCGCCAUACAAGGAGCUCGCCAAUGCGCUCUCUCAGGAUCGAGACAUGGCAAUCAAGGUCUUUAAUCUACACUCAGGACCAGUCGAUAUGCCAUGCAGUGGACCAUGCCUGAUCGAUGGUAAGCCAGUCAUCGACAUCUUCCACAUUCACGAAAUAUGGUGCAACAACGCCAUCGCUUGUCCUGCAAACUUGCAGCCAAAGGCUUUUCCCAAUCGCGUCUCUGCAGAUAGUCCGUCGGCUAGUGGUCUUUGGUGCCAUUUCGCCUACUGUAAUCAUUCUUGUCUGCCGAAUGCAGAGAAAAGCUUCAAGGAUGGCGUGCUGACGUUGCGAGCCACCCGAGACAUUGACGAAGGCGAGGAAAUUACCAUUUCGUACGGCGAAUAUAUCGACCAAACCGAGAAACUACAAGCCAUGCAUCGAAUCUGGGGCUUCAAAUGCGAGUGUCGUGUAUGUGCCGCAGAGUCACAAACCUCAAAAGAAAUGCUCGCUCACCGUGAAACACUGCGCACCAAAGUCUCCGCGCCGCUACCCACCACCCUCACCGCAGAUCUCAUCACAGAAGCCAAAGCGCUCGCCUCGGAAAUCCAAACCACUUACCCAGACACCUCCUACGCUCCCAAUCUCCCUCGCACAGCCGUCGCAGAAGCCUACUCUCGACUCUUCACCAUCCACUCCAAACUCCUCAAUCUCAACGCAGCAGAAGAUGCCCUGCGAAAAAUGCUCCACGCACUCGCUGUGCUCGACAUUAUCGAAGCCAAAGUCAUACCUCUCGGAGGCGUACUCGGAGAAAUGACUGUAUUCAACAUUCUGCUGUUAGCGAGUUUGCAGAGAAAAACUCGCCAGGAUGAUGAUCAAGAAGUGGUAGAGGUGGUGGUGAAGCAGUUGGAAGAAUUUGCAGCCAAGGUAUAUUUGGUUCUCAAUGGUAGUAUGGAAGGCUUUGAGAAGGUUGUUUUGGCGCCGGAGAUGUGA